CUACCAGUGUGUCUGUGCCCCUCUGACGUGAGCACGUCUAGCAACAUGUUGACCAGGGCAGUAGGCACUCUUUGGAGGUUAUCUCUCUUUAUAGUAAUUUGUCAAGCCGCCUCCAGUCUGGGACGAGUGGCGUUCGAGAAGUUGACAGAAUUGGACUACCGGGGAAACACCUACUACACCAUCAAGAAUCUCUCCCUAUAUGAAUGUCAAGGGUGGUGCAGGGAGGAACCCGAUUGUCAGGCGGCCUCAUACAGUUUUGUUUUGAAUCCCCUAACACCAGUUCAAGAAACAGUGUGUCAACUUCAAAAUGAGACUACAGCUACCAAUCCUGCAGCAACUCCACAACGUUCUGUCAAUUUAUAUUAUAUGGUCAAGCUUCAGAUUCGAUCAGAUAAUGUAUGCUUGAGACCUUGGUCCUUUGAACGUGUACCAAACAAAAUGAUUAGAGGGCUUGAUAAUGCUUUAAUUUAUACUUCAACUAAAGAAGCUUGCUUAGCUGCAUGUCUUAAUGAGCAUAGAUUCACGUGUCGAUCCGUUGAAUAUAAUUAUGUCACACUGCAGUGUCAUUUGAGUGAUUCUGACAGGCGCACUACUGGGCAAUAUGUUCAAUUUAUUGAUGCUCAAGGAGUUGAUUACUUUGAAAAUUUGUGUUUAAAAGCAAAUCAAGCCUGCAAAAGCAACAAAAUCUUUCAACCUCCUAGAAUAGGUGUGGCUGAUGACAAAGUCUCCCAAUAUGUUUCUCUCCAUUAUUAUGUAGACAAAGAUCUACAGGUAACAAGUGAAGCAGCUUGCAAGCUGGCUUGCGAAAUUGAAAAUGAAUUCCUGUGUCGUUCAUUCCUCUACAAGGGUCCACCAAUUGGCACAUCAUAUAACUGCCAUCUUUACCACCUAGAUCAUAAGACUCUCCCUGAUGGUCCUAACACAUAUCUUAAUGCUGAGAGGCCUCUUAUUGACGAUGGUCAACGAGUUGGACUCUAUUAUGAAAACUUUUGUGAAAAAGCGACAGGACUUCCUCAUGAUUCAACUCUGCCUGUAGUUUUUGAUACAACUGAUGAUCCUUCAAUUAACAACCUUACUAGAUCCGAUGUAAACUGUGACAACAAGGGAUAUUGCUAUGAUGUUUCUGUCAAUUGCAAGGACACACGAAUUGCAGUUCAAGUUAGAACAAACAAGCCAUUCAAUGGUAGAAUUUAUGCUCUCGGAAGAUCGGAAACAUGUAAUAUUGAUGUGAUAAACAGUGAUCUCUUCAGACUUGAUCUCACAAUGAGUGGACAAGACUGCAAUACCCAGUCUGUGACUGGUGUAUAUACCAACACAGUAGUAUUACAACAUCAUAGUGUUGUAAUGACAAAGGCUGAUAAAAUAUACAAAGUUAAAUGCACCUAUGAUAUGUCAUCAAAGAAUAUUACUUUUGGAAUGAUGCCAAUCAGGGAUCCAGAAAUGAUCAGCAUCACUUCUGCCCCAGAAGCACCAGCUCCAAGGAUUAGAAUACUUGAUACUAGAACGAGAGAAGUUGAAACAGUUAAAAUUGGAGACAAGCUUACAUUCCGAAUUGAAAUACCCGAAGACACACCUUAUGGUAUAUUUGCAAGAAGCUGUGUAGCAAUGGCUAAAGAUUCUAAGAGCACUUUCCACAUUAUUGAUGAUGAAGGAUGUCCUGUUGAUCCUAAUAUAUUCCCAGGAUUUACUCCAGAUGGUAAUGCCCUACAAACUGUCUAUGAAGCAUUUAGAUUUACUGAAUCAUAUGGUGUUAUUUUUCAAUGCAAUGUCAAAUACUGCUUAGGACCUUGUGAACCUGCUGUUUGUGAAUGGGGAAGAGAAUCAGUAGAGUCUUGGGGAAGGCGGAAGAGAUCUUUAGCUCCUUCAAAUGAAACAGAUAGUUUGGAGGAAGACAUGACCUUAAGCCAAGAAAUACUUGUAUUGGAUUUCGGUGAUGAAAAACAAUCACAAUAUCUGAAAAAUAAUGAAGCACUUUUCUCAGAGUUUGGAAAAGAUAAAACAGUGACAAUCGUUGAGCCCUGUCCAACGAAGACAUCCAUUUUUGCGCUUGGUGUCACUUGUGCAUUGUUGGUUCUGAUAUAUGUCGCAACAAUCUUCAGUUACUACAUGAAGAAAUGGAUGACACCUAGAAAAAUGCUAGCCUAAUCAUAAUGCACUGUCACCUGACCUUAAUGAAAACUUGGAUUACAUCUCAAGUUGUAAACUGAAAACAAGCUUUACAACAAAUGUAAUGAUGAAUUAAUUUUUGCAAUGAAGAUGCGACACUUAACCCACCUUAUUAGUUUUAGUUUUCUUAUUUAUACUUCUGAAUAUUCUAAAACAUUAUUUAUUUAAAGUGUUUCCUCUUCAUUGUAAAAAUAAUGAAAACUAAUUGUAAUUAUUAAGUGUUCUAUUUCUAAAUGACAAAGUUAUUUUUAUAAAAUGUGUUUUGUCGAGAAAUGUCUUAGGAAAAAAAUGACAGAAAUGGUUGUGUACUAUGGGCAUGAAAUUUUCAAGAGUGUUAAGUAUUUAACUUAGUAAACAGCCCAUGUGAUGUCAUACAGCUAUUUGUGUAUCUUUGUUGCUGUUCUCUCGACUUUGUUUUUUGUUUUUUUUUGUUUGUUUUUUAUUUCAGAACUGUUAAUGAAAUAUAUCCUUCAAUUUCUCAGUAAAUGUUAACCCCUGAUAUACUAAAAAAGAUGUGUCAUUGAUACAAUUGGGGAUAUAUGAUUGUAAAUAAUGAUUUUCUAAUUAAUAUUUAAGACUAAAUGAAGAGAAAAAAAGCUCUAGGUUCACAUACGGGUGUUCCCAACGGUGCCCAGAUACUUAAUUGGCACCGCAGCGGGACUGGUGAAGGGGAUCCUACAUGCAUUUACAGCUAUCUGCUCCGAUCCGAUCGAUCCUAAAAUCUAGUCCCUUCCAUUAACCUCACCCUAUCCUGAAUUAGUGAAGUUAUUCAAUCCCUUUACCAAACAGUAUAUUUUCGGAGUGUAGAAGUUUCUGUAUAUGCCUCAGAUUGUAAAGCAUGCAAGAUUAUGUAAAUAUUUUUUGUAUUUUUAAUUUAAAAUAACGAGUGAACAGUAAUGAUAAGAAAGCCCUUAUUUAUAAUGCUCCUCUAGAAAAUAAACAAUUUGAAACUUA